CAUUAUCCAACUGCAGCAUAAGCAGGAGCGAUGAUGGAUAACGGGUCCUCUUUAUCCCCACACAAACCCUCUACUCGCCCGCCAGCACCUUUCCAGACCUUCUAAUUUAGAGUGACGCUGUGUCAGCGGGGCAUGUGUAUGUGUUGUGUAGCCUCUGGGAGGAGAUGACUGAGUCUGUUCCUCCUGCGCUGCUGCGUUCAUCAUCAUGGGGCCUGAUGUGCCCCUGCUCAAUGACUACAAACAGGAGUUCUUCUGGAAGCGUUUCCCUCAGACUGUCCUGGGGGGACCAAGGCUGAAACUCGGUUACUGUGCUCCGCCAUAUGUCUACGUGCACCAGCUGGUGUUAUUCCUGACACCAUGGUUAUUGGGAGGCAUCGGGACCCUCCUGUACCAGCUGAGGGUGCUGGAUGAAGCCUUUGUAGGCAUUGUUUCCGGUGCGCUCAUGCUGGGAGUCGGUGCGAUCGUUCAGGGAAUGGCUCGAUGCAUGGCACGUAGGACCGGAGUGGUCCAAAGACUGCAUGCUGCCAAUAACAUCCUUGCAGAUGAGGAAGAGGUGGAGUUUACUCACUGCGUGGCCCCUGAGACGGUACGAUUUGUGGUACCUGGGAAGAGGUUUAUGGGUAAUGUAGUUUUGCACACGUGUCUUGCUGGAGCUCUCUGUGGGUUGUCAACAUGGUACCUGCUGCCGCACAGACUGAGCAGUUUGUAUGGGCACACGGGUGCAGGAUUGGGUGCUGUUGUGUCUUUGUUUGCUCUGAGCUGGGUGACGGUCUGUAUUGGGGAGUAUUCGCUCAUCGUGAACACGGCUACCGAAACGGCCACAUUUCAGCCACAGGACACGUAUGAGAUCACGCCGCUCAACAGGCCCAUGUACAUACUUGCCUUCAUCGCCGUGGAUCUGGCUUUAAGGUUUUCAGGUUCUGGUGUGGUGGAACUGCAGGUUGCAUCUCAGGUGCUUCAUGUGCUGUUUGUAGUUCUGCCAGUACUCUGGGCUUUGGGAAUGCUCUCUCCGCUGGACGCUCUUCUGCUGUGGGCCAUGGAGCAGAUCUUGGUGUAUGGUCUGGGUGGAUCGGCCAUGUCCACCAACAUCAGGCUCUUAGUGAUGUUUUUUUCAUCAGUGUGUGUUGCCAUCUGCACCUACUUCAUUCCCUCUUCACUCGGUGUGGUUCUGUUCACCGUGGCCAUGGGUUUCCUCCUCAGCCAGGACCUGACCCAGCUGCUGGUGCUGGUUAAGGGGGUCUCUCCGACCCUGGGACUGGGCUGGUGGGGGCUUCCUCUUUCCCUGCUCUUCAUAAUAGGAGCCUUGACCGAGGCUGGACUCCUUCAUCAGCUGUACCUUGUCAACUCAGGGAAUCUAACAUUGAAUACGAACUCUGUAGAGGACUGGGAGUCUUCCAGUGUGGUUCCUCCAAACCCACAGGAGGUGCUUGGCUGGCUUCUUAUUGCUUUGUUUCUUGUCACUCGUCUGCUGAGAGAGCUUCAGGGGGCUUGCAUUAUUGGAGGAGCCAUGCUCAACCCACUCUACCCCAAACGGGUAACAACUGCACAGGCUUUCAGGAGGAAAACCCGUGGCCUGCGUGUUGCAGGGAUAAUUCGGAGGAUCCUAUUGAGCUUUGUAAGUCCGUUGACGAUGAUUGCGUUUUUGUCCGUGGAUGAAUCUUUAGGGAAGAUACACACAGCCUCUCUUGCCAUUGGCUUCACUCGGGCAUUCAGGAUGGUGUGGCAGAGCUCUGAGGUGGCUCUGCUACAGAUGGUGUUGGUGGUGAUCAUCAAACGUGCAGGGGGACACAGAGUUGCACACUGGCAUGACUUGGGCACUACAGUACAGCUGAUACUGGUCUCUCUGGUUGUGAAUCGUGUCUCACAGUUUGUAUGUAAGCUAAUUUUUGCUCUUACGGUGUUGAUCACAUCCUGGACUGAGAGUAAACAGCGUCGACAGUCAGCAGGAACUCUUCUGGCACUCAAUGCUGCUUUGUGCCCACUUCUACUGGCUGUUGUGGCUCUCUCUGCUCUUCUCUCUGCCCCUCUCCUUCCACUAUUCACACUACCGGUGUUCCUGGUGGGAUUCCCCAGGCCGCUGCGCUCAUGGCCAGGCACUCCAGGCACUGCCUGCCCUUGCCCAGAUUCUGUGUAUUACCAGCAGCUCUGCAAAAGGCUGGCAUCAGCUAUUAGACCUGCACUUGCUAAUGGUGCAUUUGGAUCCUGCACUCCAGGGUCUCAUUACCUUGGCCGCUUUCAAGGUCGUCUUCUGUGGAUCUCAAUUCUAGAAAAGGGCUAUGGCUAUUGCACAGUCAACAUUAAGGGCCUAGAACUACAGGAGACAUCAUGCCACACAGUGGAAGCUCGGCGUGUGGAUGAGGUUUUUGAAGGAGCGUUCGAUCACGUGGAGCGGCCAGGCCAGUGUUUCAGACUAUUGAACCCAAACUGGGGUAACGCUCUUACCCCCUGCUCUCUGUUGCCCGUCAAGGUUUACUCUGAUGCCCAGAACGUUUUAACGGGAAUUAUUGACUCACCUGACCACCUGCGUCAGCUAAACUCUGACUUCCUCAAAACACUUGUCUGGAUUUUAUUGCGUUACUGUGUACAGGAAUUCGCAUGUGGUGCUCAGCGAACUAAAGGUCAGUCCUUACAGACCUCUGGACGUAAGUCACAAUGCUCCCAGCAUCCUGUGCCCUCAGAGGCAGGUCCAGCUGUGAUUAAAGUGGAGACUCAAGUGCGCCCUGAAUCCUCUUCGUCCUCUCACUUGAGGGGUCUGGACAGCUCCAGCCUCUCGUCCUUUGCUGAUUGGUCAGAUGAGGAUGAUCUGUUUGGUCCAGUCCCUGUGCGACGGCCGAUGAGAAUGAUGGUGCGGACAGAUGAAGCGCAAACAGAGUUAGGAAUGGGUGUGUCUCUUCCAGGAUCUGUUGAAAUCCACAGCCUGUAUGAGAGCAUGGCUCUGUCUUCUCUACCCACCCUUAGACCUCUGGGUCUGGGUUUGGGUCUUGGCUUGCCCAUUGUAGAUAAAGGGAAAGAAAACAUCCCUGCACCUACUUCGACAACUGUCCUGACCAACUCCCAGCCUCUCCUCUUCACCAGCCCUCACUCAGAGCUCUUCUCUCUGCCCCCAGACUGGCGAACCGCCAACUUGGCUUCCUCUAAACUCCAGGUUCUGCGACCCUGCUUCCCAGAGGCCUGGUUCUGCUUCUGUUUGUCCCAGCUGGUGGUGGAGAGUUUGGGGCAAGGAGACUUUGAGCAGGUGACACAGGGUUUACAGGAGGACCGUGCCUUGCAAGAGCUUUAUACCCAGGUGGUGCUAUCAUGCUGUGUGGCGCUAGGGGCAGAUGCUCAGGUCUUCAGCCCAAAUCUGUUGUUCAGGCUGUACUGUGGGGACGGCCCCUGGACUGAGGGACUUGAGUGGCUCAGAGCCAAUAAAGAGCUGCAUCAGCUCACACUCCGAGCUUUCAGGUACAGCGUAAAACUAUUGGUAGACCAGGCAUCUCUUGGUCCAGUAGAGAGUCUGGAUGAACUCUACACGACUUUGCAGGAUUACCAUAAAAACUGGUUCAUCGGCCUGGUAUCAGAUCGCAGUUGGCAAGAUAGUGUUGUACAGGAGAAGCCCUUCCUUUUCUCUCUUGGACAUGACCUCACCAUGGGGACAUACACAAGCCGUGUGUUGUCCCUGCAGGAGAAUCUGGUCCAAGUGGGAGCUCUGAAUGAGGAGGGGGUGAGGGGCCAGUGGGCCAACCUGUCAUGGGAACUAUUGUAUGCCACUAAUGACGAUGAGGAGCGCUACAGCAUUCAGGCCCAUCCAGUGAUGCUGAGGAACCUCACUAUUCAAGCAGCAGAUCCACCUCUGGGAUAUCCCAUAUACUCAUCCCCUCCAAUCCACCUCCGCUGCUUGUGAUGCUACCAGCUAACCCAUUUCACACAGUCACAUAGUUGUGCAUUCAAUUUGCUGUUUGUGUUUAGGGUACAGAAUUGCAUUUUUAAAUGUAAGUAUGAAGCAUUUACAAAUGCUACAAUGGUAGCAACAUCUGGCUUCUGAAAGAAAUGCAUGAAUAUCUGAACAUCAGCAGAUCCCAGAUUUUUUGGACCUCUGGUGAAUCUAGACUGAAUUUGAAUUCACACUGAGCUUCCUUUCCACAUUUUUAUUUAAUAUUUUUUUCCCCGUCGUGUCAAGCAGAAAAUAUGUUGCCAAUUUAAAGAGCCUGUUUGUCAAAUCUCAAGGAUGUGCCUUGUUUACUACUUUCAUUGGUUAUGAACAGUUUAGGUGACCACCUUGUGUUAUAAAUAUCAGAGUAAACUGGCUCUUUCACCUUUGUUUAUCCUAUUUGGACUCUGUUAUUGUAUGGUUGUGUAAUUGUGUGUACAGAAGAAAUGCAGACGUUUCAUAUAAAAACAGUACAUUUUAA